AUGCAGGAGCGGAUUGCUUACUUUGACCCAGUACCUGUUCUGCACUUCUCAUGCAGUCCAGUUUGUGUCUUGAAACCUUCACCUUCAAAAGUUCUUGUCAAUGUAACCGAGGAAAGCUGUCGCGACAAGAUAGUCGAUAGUCUAAUAGUAAUAGGAGGAAAGGAAGCUGUUCUGAGUUCAUCAUCAGGAAAAGCGCGGAGGCUUCUGCAGUGGUGCUGCAGAGUCUCCAAGGAGGGGAAGCACUUGGCGUGGAUCAUGAUCUAUACGACCUUGGACACAUUCUACUUGAGCGAUGAGCAGCUUGCGGACUCCCCCUCUAGAAAGGACGGGAUUGACGAGAAGACAGAAACAGCGCUAAGGCUGUAUGGCUGUGAAUUGAUCCAAGAAGGAUGCAUCCUGUUGCGGCUGCCGCAGGCGGUGGCGGCUACCGGUCAGGUCGUCCUGCACAGGUUCUACUGCAAGAAGUCGCUUGCCAAGUUCAAUGUCAAGCGCGUGGCGGCCAGCUGCGUUUGGUUGGCGGCCAAGCUGGAGGAGGCGCUCUCCCCCAGGAGGACCAAGGACUUCCUCAACGUCUUCCACAGGAUAGAGCAGCGCAGGGAGGGGCGCCUGCCAGAGCACCUGGAUUACUAUAGCAAGAAGUACGACGAGGUGAAGAUGGACCUGAUCCGCACAGAGCGCCACAUUCUGAAGGAGAUGGGCUUCAUCUGCCACGUGGAGCACCCCCACAAGUUCAUCCUGCUCUACCUGCAGAACCUGGACGCGUCCCGAGAGCUCAUGCAGGAGGCGUGGAGCCUUGCCAACGACAGCCUCCGGACGACCCUGUGCGUCCGCUUCAAGUCCGAGACCGUUGCGUGCGGCGUGAUCUACGCGGCCGCGCGCCGCCUGCGGGUCCCGCUCCCCGAGAACCCCCCCUGGCUCGAGGCGUUUGCCGUCAAGCAGCAGAACGUCGACAAAGUCGUGCGCGCGUUGGCGCACCUGUUCCGGCAGCCGAAGCCGCAGUACAUCGAAGUCGGGAAGGAGAACCGGUCGUUUGUGCUGAGCAGCAGGGCUUGGAGUCCACCCCCGGCUAUUCAGGAACUGCGCGAGACCCUCAAGCCGGCGUCCGGCUCCGAAGGCUCCAUGGCCGGCGCCGCCAUCCUCCCCCCCCCUCCCGCCGACCCCCCGGGUCCCAGCAGCAGCUCCCGAGACGAAGCGCCCACCAGCGAGCGCCCCCCCGAAACGGUUCCGGGGGGCGACGCCACACAGGAAAAGGAGAAGCGGAGCCGAAGCCCUGAGGAGCGGUCAAAGCGCCCGGUAGAAGGCCCCGGGCGAGACCGAGAUAGGAGCAGAGACAGGGAGCGGCCCGGGGAUGUAGACCGGGGCCUAGCGAGGGUGAGGGAAAGCGAUCGGGACAGGGACCGGUCGCGAGAAGGGGGCCGGGAUAGUAGAGAUUCGCGCGAUCGGGGGAGUCGGGACCUGGCGGAUCGGCUCGGGGAGAGGGAGAGGCGGCCGGACAAGCACCGGCCACCUUCGGGCAGGGAUCGGGACGGACGGCCCUUGUACAUGCCUCGCGAGAAGGACAAGGGGCACCGGCAUCAUCCUUACGAGCGGCCGGGGUACAAGCGUUAAAGGAAAUUUCUUGCGCAUGCAUCAAAUCUAUGUCGUGAUCGAGGCUUGGGAGGAGGGACAGGCGGGGCUGUCUCUGGUCUUUUUGCAAAGCUUGCUCUAGAGUCUGGCAUUCGUGCUGGGAUCGAUCCCAAAAUGUUGACAAAAUGGACGUCCAGAGUAUGUCAUGAUUUGACGCAAAAGAUGGAAUGAGGAGCUCGGCAUGAUGCGGCCCCUUGUCAUAACGAGCUACCAUAAUCUGUCACGCGUAUAGGAACACACACGAUGGAUGUUACAGCCCUGUUGUCUGGAACAAAGAGGUCAGACAGUACCGU